UGCCAUCUCAACAACAUCCCAUCUACUCGAGAUCAAGGCAUUGAGCUUCUCACGACACGUCCCAACUUGAUCUCACCCAAAGUCACACCAUGGGUUCCGUCGUCAUCCCUCAUCUCCCCUCAGCCUGGCAUGUCGACCAGGCUAUCCUCUCCGAAGACGAAAGAUUGGUCGUUAUACGAUUCGGCCGCGAUUGGGACCCGGACUGCAUGCGGCAGGACGAGACUCUAUUCAAGAUAGCGGAGCGUGUGAAAAACUUUGCAGUCAUUUAUGUCUGUGACAUCGACCAGGUCCCAGAUUUCAAUCAAAUGUACGAACUAUACGACCCAGUAACGCUCAUGUUCUUCUUUCGCAACAAGCACAUGAUGUGCGACUUUGGCACUGGUAACAACAACAAACUCAAUUGGGUUCUCGAAGAUAAGCAAGAGCUGAUCGACAUCUUGGAAACAAUCUACAAGGGUGCAAAGAAGGGCAGAGGUUUGGUUGUUUCACCAAAAGACUAUUCAACAAGAUACAGGUACUAGACCACGUUGGAGAGUUGCAACCUGGCCCUUCCAUCGUCGAGAACGACAGGGUUUAGGUCUACGUUUAUUACAGGGCAUCCCUGUACCGGCUAUUUAUGCAGACACGAUCGACGAAAAUUCUCAGCUGUGCAGUUGCUUAUCAGUGGUUCGGAGUUGAUGGCGUUUAGGGGCGGAGUUGGGGACUAUGAACUUUUAUCUGUUCAAUCCAGGUAUGGCCCAACAUGCCGCAAAGUGGCAAGCUCACUUAUUGUUUUUGUGCACAUUUGAUGACAAUCGCCCUGUGACUCUCGAACCCUGUUUAUCAUUUCCGAAGGACGUUCUGGAACGACCACCGAAAACACUGGGGGCCACGACAGUUGCGGCUGGAUUAGUAGCGGUCGUGAACUGUCAAGUGCAACAUGCAGCUUGACACAUACGGUUCUGCUUUGCCAUGAAGCUCUUGCCAGGUUCGUCCCGCCGUAUGCCUAGACGUGAGUGCUCGUGUCGUGUCCAAUUCGCUCAUUUAGAGUGCCAAAGUAGCGUGGAUUAUGCUGAACUAAAUCGUAUCAAUCAUUAGAUUGAUG